CACAACGAAACAGCAUUCUCCAUAAGCCGAUUCAGAGCAGCAAUGGCGGCGUCGUCGUCGCGAUCUUCAACCGAGCAACUCCCUCCAUCUUCUCAAGAACAAGCUACUGACCCUCGCCCCAGCAAGCUCUCGCCCCAGCACCGCCUUCUUCUCGUGCCGCUGCUGGCCGCUGCUAGAUCCUCCAACCCUGAAGUAGCAUUGCGAGUUCUUACCUCGUGGGCGAGUUCGGAUUCCGGCCUGUCGAACCUAGUCUCCGACGGCAAUCUCCUCCCCGACGUCCUCCGGUUCGUGCAAUCUCUCCCUCCUCCUGAAUACCUCCUUCUGUCUCUGAAACUUUUGCGGAGCCUGGUCGCCGGAGAGACCGCCAAUCAGUCCGCCUUCAUCGAUUUCGACGGCGACGGGGUUGUUUCGGCGGUUCUGAUCUCUGUGGGGCUUUACCCCGACCCCGACCCCGCCAUCAUCGGGGCCGGAUUGCAAGUUCUGGCCGUUGUCUCGCAGGCCGGCGAACCACACCGGCUGGCUAUAUGGGAUGGGUUCUUCCCUACAUUGUUUCUUGCCCUUGCCAGAGUCAGAAGCAGGGAGGUUUCCGAUCCUCUGUGUAUGAUUCUGUACACUUGCUGCUAUCGAAUCCCGGCCCUUUUCUCGCAACUCCUUGCGGAGGAAGGAAUCGCCAUUGUUGCUGAGAUUGUGAAGACGGUCUCUUUGGUUGGUUACGAGGGUGGAGACUGGUUCAAGCGAAUCCUGUCCAUGAUCUGCCUCGAUGAAGGUGGCCAAUUGAACUUCUUGUUCCUACGACUGCACCGCAUUCGCGGCCCCGAUGCUGAUUACAAGGGCAAGGCCGUUGUCGCCGACGACGAUAAGUUCUCGUCCGAGCAAGCUUACCUCUUGGCUACGGUGGUGGAGAUCUUCCGCGAGGGGAUGAAGGAUGCACGAACCGCCUCGGUCGAUUUCGCGCUCUGCGUGCUUGGUAUACUCGAUGACUCUGCCGCUGCUGCUGCUUAUGUUCAUGAUCAUGUCUCAGGAGGCAAAUGCAGUCAUUUUCCAACCGGGGACGCCUCGGUCGACGUGCUCGGAUACUCCCUCACCAUUCUAAAGCACUUAUGUGACUCUGCCGCCUCAGCAGAAGAAGAGGAAGACGACGUUGUUUCUUUGCUCUUGUCGCGCGGGCUGAUGGAGACCCUCGUGGGGCUUCUUCGACCAAGCGCGAUAAGGAAAGGGGAAGCGACAGCGACGACGACGACGCUGUGCCCUUACAUUGGGUUCAGGAGGGACGUGGUGGCGACGGUAGGCAGCUGUGCUUACAGAAGGAAGCAUGUGCAGGACCGGAUCAGGAAAUGUGAUGGGAUCCUGCUUGUGCUGCAGCAGUGUAAUGUUGUUGUUGAUGAUGAUGAUGAUGAUAAUCCGUUUUUGAGGGAGUGGGGGAUUUGGGCAAUGAGGAAUUUGAUGGAGGGGAAUGGUGAGAACCAGCAGGUGGUGGGUGAAUUGGGGAUUCAGGGGACUGUUGAUGUGCCUGAUGAACUGUGGGGUGGUGGUGUGACGGUGGAGGUGGAUCGUAAGUCUGGACGAGCAUGGAUUGUGAGUGCUUCUGCUUCUGGUUCGACGAAGAUCAAGCUCGAUUAGUGGGCGUCGAAGAUCAAAGCUCGAUUGUGAUUGCAGAACUAGCUUUGAUGAUUUCCCAUUGUCAGAAUGGAUUCCUUACUUGGUGCGGAUUGUUGGGCAAGGAUGAUUUUUCUUAUUAAUCUAGUUAUGUUUUGAUGUGAUUGUAGAUUAGUGACGGACUGCGUAUCCAUUAAUGGGUUCAUUAUCAGCGGAGCAGAUCCGGUGAGUAACCUUGUGGUGAGUAACCCCAUGCAUAACCCAAUAUGAAUAUGCUACAUCAGCGCCUCCUUCUCCGUCCAGGAAAAAUCAUUAAUUUUCUUUCUCUUAAUCAUUAACGGACGAUUUCUCACUCGUUUUAACUCGGAAUUUAAUUUUUUUUUUUUGCACAGUUAGAUCAGAUUAAUUGUGCUCUUCAAAAUGAUAUCCACUUUGAUAUUUUUUUGAACAAAAAAAAUCUGUCAAUUAUUACCAGUCAAUACCAUAUGGUAUAGUCAAAUACCAUAUGGUAUUGAUUGGUAUUAAAUAGGGAUGACAACAAAACCCAAACCCACGGGUACCCACCCGACCCGAUCCGUGUUGACGGAUUUUGGGCCGGGUUUGGAUUUAAACCCGUUCACUAUUCACCGGGUUGGGUUUGGGUUUAGGUAAACCCGACCCAUGGGUACCUGCUCACACCCAUAUAGUUAAUUUUCUGGGUAUAUUUAAUAUUCUAAACAAUAAUUUUAUUUAUGUUUGUGGAGACAUGUCUAAUUUUUUCUUUCAAAUUGUGUAAAAUGAAGUUGAUGUUAUCGAGUGGAGAGUGAAGAAACUUAAUUGAAAGGAAGAAGCUUUCAAUUAAUCAUGUUAUUUAUGGAUAAUUUGUGAUUUGCUUCAAUUUUCUUUAGUUUUCUAGAUUGGUGUUGAACAAUUUGUAUAGUUAAUUUGUGAUUUGCUUGAAUUUUCUAGAAUGGUGUAUUAUAUAUGGAUAAUUUGUAUUGAGAGAUUGAUAUUUGACUUUAAUUGUGAUAGGAACUUGUAAUUGUAAAUUUUUUACGACAAAAACCCGUGGGUACCCAUGAACCCACGGAUACCCAGCGGGUUGGGUUGGGUUUGAGUUUUUCAAACCCAGUGGGUUUUACCCCGGGUUUUUUUCACGGAUAAACCCAUGGGUUUGGGUUUGGCAAAACCCGACCCAACCCGACCCAUUGCCAUCCCUAGUAUUAAAUAAUAGCAUAACAUAUGGUAUGAAAAAUACUACCUCAUACCAGGGUGGUAUAGUAUGGUAUGGAGUUGGUAACGAGAGGUAUGUAAUUUUUCCCCCAGAAAAUUUUGAAAUCCAAUAGAUCAUGAUUAAAUCGUUACUUUUGUGCAAAAAUUUCCGAAAAUGACUAAACAACGAAGGAGAUACCACAUGGUAUGGAGUCGGUAAAGAGAGGGAUGAAAUUUUUUUUCUCAAAAAAUAUUGAAAAUGGAUAUCAUUUUGUAGAGCACAAUGAACUCGUUUCAUCUGUGCAAAUUUUUUUGAAAUCCGAGUUAGAAUGAAGAAGAUAUGAUCCAAUUAAGAAAACUAGGGAAAAUAAAUUCUUUUAAUUCUCCACCCUUAGAUCUGCAGUCACUUAAAAGAAGAGUUCAGAUUUGGUUACUCAUUAUUACUCACCCUAAAGUUACUGAAUUUUGAAUACAAUAGUUGUCAAUUU